GGUGCUUCGUGCCUAUACCUGAUCCCAGCCAUGAGCGCAGCAGCACUUCUCUCCACGACCGAGCGAGCUCAGUUCAGGGCCCCGACGCUGCAGCAGCCUGCGAACCUCACGGGGAUCCUCAAGAGCGGCAAGAUCGCCGUGGGCUCCGUCCUGAGCUAUCCGAGCGUGCACAUCGCCAAGACCGUCGCCGCAUGCGGCGCGGACUGGUGCUGGAUUGACACCGAACACGUCGCGUGGUCGCCCACCCUACUCAUAGAGUGCAUCCAGAUCAUCAACCAGGAAAGCGGGGGCAGCAUGGUGCCCAUCGUCCGUGUACCGAACAAGAAGGCUUUCGACUAUAUGGCAUGGUGCCUGGACGCCGGCGCAGGCGGAGUCAUCCUGCCCCACCUCGAGACGGUGGAGGAGAUGCAAGCUGCGGUGGACGCAUGUCGGUUCCCGCCUGUGGGACACAGAUCGUUCCCCCCCUUCUCCUUCAUCCCCGGCGUCACAGACACCACGCCGGCAGGCGACUCGAUCUUCACGCUCGCGAACAAGCAUGUGGCCAUCAUCCCGCAGAUCGAGACGCGUCUUGGUUUCGAGAACCUGGACGCGAUCGCUAGCAUGGAGCAGGUCCCUUGCUUCAUGGUCGGAGUCGCUGACAUGCGCAUGGAGCUCGGCCUCUCGCCUGCGCUCCCGAUGGCCACAGAGCCCGAAUGGGUCAAGAUCAUGGAGCACGCGUCCGCCAUGGCCAAGAAACACGACAUCCCUAUGCUGGGUCUGGCGCUGGGCGAGGAGAUGAUCAAGGGCCGCAUCGCCCAGGGCUUCAAGCUCAUCGCGUCGGCUGCCGACUUCCCCGUCCUCGCGGGGGGCCUGUGCGGUGCGGUUGUGGAGGCGCGAGCUUUCGUCGAGAGCAUGUGACACCACUCCGUCGUCGAAAUCUGAUCAGACGAAGUCACACAUAUGUUGUAUAAAUGUACCCGUAAGUACUUAUGUAUAUAGAUUGCGAUUUCAUAACCGUAGAAGUUGCUGUUGUUCAAUCGAAGAAGACGCCUCCGUUGAUGGAAA